GUUUAUUAUAAGAGAAUCCUCUCUCUCCAUCUCUCACUCUUCAGACACUUCCCCCAUCUCAUCCUCUCUCUCUCUCUCUGUCUCUCUCUCCAUCCUUUGGAUUCUUCAGUGAGGAGAGGAAUCUGAGAGUGUCGGCAACAUGUCGGAUCUUCAGACACCACUUGUAAGGCCGAAGAGGAAGAAGACAUGGGUUGAUUACUUUGUCAAGUUCCGAUGGAUCAUUGUCAUCUUCAUCGUCCUUCCAUUCUCAGCCACACUCUACUUCCUCAUCUACCUCGGGGACAUGUGGUCGGAGUCCAAGUCAUUUGAGAAACGCCAAAAGGAACAUGACGAGAAUGUCAAGAAAGUCAUCAAAAGGCUUAAGGAUAGGGAUGCGGCCAAGGACGGGCUUGUCUGCACUGCACGUAAGCCGUGGAUCGCCGUUGGAAUGAGGAACGUUGACUACAAGAGAGCCAGGCAUUUCGAGGUUGACUUGGGAGAGUUCCGUAACGUUCUUGAGAUCAACAAGGAGAAGAUGACUGCUAGAGUUGAGCCUCUUGUCAACAUGGGACAGAUCUCUCGUGUCACCGUCCCAAUGAACCUAGCUCUUGCCGUUGUUGCUGAGCUUGACGACCUCACGGUUGGUGGACUCAUUAAUGGAUAUGGUAUUGAAGGAAGCUCUCACAUCUAUGGUUUGUUCUCCUUGUAGCUGCUGAGAUCAGGCUUAUUCCAAUCAAGGAGUACAUGAGACUCACCUACAUACCAGUCAAGGGAGAUCUUCAAGCCUUAGCUCAAGGUUACAUUGAUUCUUUCGCUCCAAAAGAUGGUGACAAGUCAAAAAUCCCUGAUUUCGUUGAAGGCAUGGUUUACAACCCAACUGAAGGAGUGAUGAUGGUUGGAACAUACGCAUCUAAAGAAGAAGCCAAGAAGAAAGGUAACAAAAUCAACAAUGUGGGAUGGUGGUUCAAGCCGUGGUUCUACCAACAUGCACAGACCGCUUUGAAAAAGGGACAGUUCGUUGAGUACAUCCCAACUAGGGAAUACUACCACAGGCACACAAGGUGCUUGUACUGGGAAGGGAAACUUAUUCUUCCUUUUGGUGAUCAGUUCUGGUUUAGGUUCCUCUUUGGUUGGUUGAUGCCUCCUAAGGUCUCUCUUCUUAAGGCUACUCAAGGUGAAGCUAUCAGAAACUAUUACCAUGAUAUGCAUGUUAUUCAGGACAUGCUUGUUCCUCUUUACAAGGUUGGUGAUGCCCUCGAAUGGGUUCACCGCGAAAUGGAGGUGUAUCCAAUAUGGCUUUGCCCACACAAACUCUUCAAGCAGCCAAUCAAAGGUCAGAUCUACCCAGAACCAGGCUUUGAGUACGAGAACAGACAAGGAGACACAGAAGAUGCUCAGAUGUUCACUGACGUUGGAGUCUACUACGCACCUGGCGCUGUUCUAAGAGGUGAACAGUUUGAUGGAUCAGAAGCCGUGCGUAAGAUGGAGAAGUGGCUGAUCGAGAACCAUGGAUUCCAGCCUCAGUACGCGGUGUCUGAGCUUGACGAGAAGAGCUUCUGGAGAAUGUUUAAUGGUGAGUUGUACGAGGAGUGCCGCAAGAAGUACAGAGCUGUUGGAACGUUCAUGAGUGUUUACUACAAGUCCAAGAAAGGAAGGAAGACGGAGAAAGAAGUUAGAGAAGCAGAACAAGCUCAUCUCGAAACUGCUUACGCUGAGGCAGAUUAAGUAAUAUAAUAAACCCCCAAGUUUGCUGAAAUGGCUUGAGACUAUUAUUAUAAUCGCUAGUUAUGUGUUUCCUAUUUUCAGUUUAGUGUCUUCAUCAAGACUAUUGUUCUUGUUGCUGUUUGCUUGCUUCUUGUUGUCGUUGUUGCUUGACUUAUGGUUUGAGUGGAUUUUAGAUUUUUCAGUAUUGGAUUUGCUAGUUUGCUUAUGAAACUUUGUUUGAGUUAUUAUUAA